GGAUGUCGGAUGGGGAGAAAUAGGGGGACGGAGAGCAGCAGGAGCUAGAUGUGAAGAUACCCCAAUACCCCUCACAGUAUUAGUCGCACUAGCCUCGUCCCACCAAUACUGGGUACCGCCUACUACAGCAGGUACCACUUACGUCUAUGUACCUAAGGUGGGUAACCUAAAUAGCACAUACAUUGGAUUUUCACCUUCACCUUUAGAAUAAUCAACUUUCAAAACUCAACCACCAGAAACUAGGCCUUCUUCAAGUAGGCUAUAUAUAGAUGCCACUGUGAUGGCUACGAUUGCAGAGCGCUUCGAUGCGCUACUCCGGUGGGUAGAGGACGACGGAGGGAGCCUGAACCCCGCCGUCGAAAUCUAUCACGACGACCUCACUAAAGCCUCUUUUCGUGUCAAAGACUCGUGCUCACUUGGAGUUGAUGACCCUAUCGUCGCACUCCCGCUCUCAAAGUCGCUCUCCUAUAUUAAUGCUAUUGACCACCACCCGGACUUCGCUUCGUCUUCUUCACCUUAUUCUUCGUCUUCUUCUUCCCCUCCUUCCUCUUCCCCUGAAAGCGACAUAAACCGCGAGGAUGCUUGCUAUUUUCCGACCGAGUUUUUGAAGACAAUGCCUCCACAUGUCAUCGGACGCUUCUUUCUCAUGCAGCAACAUAUUCUUGGGCCCAAAUCGAAGUGGUGGCCGUAUGUACGGACCCUACCCCAGCCCGAGCACAUGAGUAGCAUUCUCCCUGCCCUGUGGCCAUCUGACGACAUCGAAUUCCUGAGGGGGACCAACGCCUUUUCCGCCGUCCAGGAUAUAAAGUCCACCCUGAAGAAAGAGUACAAGCAUGCUAUGAGGUUGCUUCCGGAAACUUACUACUCAGAGUAUACUCGGCCUCUGUACUAUUGGGCCUAUGCUAUCUUCACGAGCCGUAGUUUUCGGCCAUCGCUCAUUUUCCCUCCGCAGACUUCGUCAGGCCUUUCCUGCGACCUAGAUGACUUCUCAGUGCUGCUUCCUUUAUAUGAUAUUGGAAACCAUUCACCAUUGGCUAAGAUCACGUGGGCUACCGAUGAAGAAGCCCAGAUAUGCACUCUCACGUGUAGGCAGACAUAUUCGGCCGGGGAACAAGUGUUCAAUAACUACGGAAUGAAGACUAACGUUGAGUUGCUUCUUGGUUACGGCUUCGUCAUCCCAGCAGACGAUAACUUUCACAAUGAUUACAUCCAUAUCAGGACAAAGGCAGAUCCGGAAGCCGGCGACUUGGCUGCGACUCAUGUCGUGUCGUUGAGGCCUAUGGCACACCAGAGCUCCUUAGUAGGGAGGUCGAGACUCUUGAGCGCGGACUCACUUGGCUGCCUUCCUUGCUUUUCGCAUAUCCAGGACUCCCUCAUUGUGGCUCUCUACGAGAGUAUUACCAAGGGAGGAGACGAAACGAAUAACCCCAGUUUGACCGAAAUUAUGAGAGGUGAAAUCGCGGAUGAGAUUCUUAGGAAAAUUAUUGACUCGUUGGGCUCGAAGCUGAGUGUCGAUCUGGAGGACUUGGAAAUCAACGAGCCGGACUACGAGGCCGCCAACCGUAACCAGCAACUCGUCGUACGCUAUCGUGAGCAAUGUUGGAGCGUGUUAGAAAAUGCGCUUCGAAGCUUGAUGUCGGGAUAGGUUUUCGUGGAAAGGCAGAUGUACAGGUUAAUCAGCCUGUAUAAAUGCUUAAAAUCGAUAAAUUCAAUGUCAAACUCCAAACUAGGGGUAUCAAAAUGCAAUCUGCCGCCGACGCCCAAUAUUACCGGAGCACAUCCUCCCUUUUUUCCCAUGACCGAAAACAAUCUUCAUAAUUAA